CUAUUUCAGAACUUGUAGUACAGCAAUGGAUUUGGCAGCAAAGCAGGGGCCGCAAGAUCUAGAGCUGAUAGCGUUCUUCGAUUUGGAGACAGUGCGGACCGGAGAGCAGGAAUGGGAGAUCGUAGAAUUCGGAGCCAUAUUAGUAUGUCCGAGGACACUGGUGCAGGUAGGCGAGCCAUAUUCCACCUUAAUCCGACCAUCUAGAAAGGACAUCGUCGACAAUUUCUCCGACCGACCCAACGGCAUUACACGACAGGCGAUUGCUAAUGCGCCGAGUUUCACCGAGGUUGCCGGUGAUAUAUAUGGAAUCCUCCACGGGCGAGUGUGGGCUGGGCACAACAUUGAAGAGUUCGAUUGUGGUCUGAUUAAGGAAGCGUACGCUGAAAGUAAGAGAAAAGCGCCGUGGUAUAAAUUCUUGAUUGAUACGCAUCCUCUGCUAAGGCAGUGGUUUGGGAAGAGAGCUGGUGACCUCAAGUUGGCAACUCUUGGAGAUUAUUUUGGGCAUGGAGAGCAAAAACACAGGAGUUUGGAUGAUGUUUCAAGAAAUCUCAAAGUUCUCAAAGACGCUGCUGCUGUUCUUUUCCUAGAAUCGAAUUUUCCUAAUUUGCUUCCAGAAAACACAUGGAUUGCUCCGAAAAGCAUAUCCGAAUCGUGUAUUUCUGCAACUCAUGCCCCUUUUAAAGAUGGGUCUCAAAAAAUAUGUAUAUUGCAUGAAAAUUUACCGUUGCAAGUGCAUUGCAUGGGAAUGAAAGUGUUAUACGGAAUAGAUAAGAAGUUGAAUGAGCCAUGGUUAAGUUUUGCGGUGGUUGUGCCUCCAAAGCUAUAUGAUGUUCUGAAUGUUUGUGAUGCUCAUGCUCUGAGGAGGUUUGGGGAGUUGGGGAUUAACUCGGAAUGGAAACCAGUUGUAAAGGAAGACUAUAAUCGUUACAUCCAUCUAAGCCUAAAUGAUGAAACAAAGAUAUGGAGAGAUGGGCAUCCCACCAUGGAAAGAGUUGAGCAUACUGAAUUGGGUGAUGAUGAGCUGAAGAUGUUGUUUGACCAAGAAGAGACUUAUGUUGAUGCAUUUUUCUCUUUGGAUACCUUCAUCAACUAUAACAAAAUGGCUGGCAUCACUUUGGUUGCUAAAAAGCUGUUUAUACAUCCCAGGCUCCCAGCUAGGGCUAUAUAGCAUGGGGGAUUGCCAAUUGCCUGUGCUAGCAGCUACUUUAUAUAUCCACAUGCAUGUAUGUGUAUAUGAUGUAUGCAGUUGUAUUUUAGUUGUGAGGAUAUAUGAUUCCAUGAACAAAUAUAUAUUGUCUU